AUGUCUGGCUUCUUCAACGCAAUUGGCCUUGUCAGCGGUGCUUUGACAAUCGUAUCCUUUACCGAAUCCCAACUACCCGACAAUAAGCCCCAGGGUCCAAGCAUCAGGAUUAAAGCCGGCCUUCACGGAGUGGGCGAAGAGUCUGAAAGUCUGGGUGGCUCGAUCGCCGCAGUGUACGCGUGGGGCGAAGGCAAUCGCUUCAGCGGGCAGGCAGGCGGUUGUGGGAUUGAUCCUGGCAGCUUCUGCGAUGUGACCGUAGACCAAGGCUCGGGUCGGCGAGCGGAGUACAUUGGCGUGUCCAACAACGAUGAUGCCACUUGCAUCGCCUGGAUCAGCGUCAACCAAGCUGACGAUACGGAUGGAGGGGCUUGGACUGGCGACAUUGGCCGCCACUGUGGCGGGAGGUGCUCAAAGCCAUACGUCCCCGCGUGUACUUGGCUCGACAAAGACGAAACAAACGAUAUCGUGAACGCAGCACUCAAGUUCACUACCAAUGCGUAUGCUAGCAGUGUCCAGGAGGUCGCUGACGAGGAGAAAACAUGCGAUUCGACCAUCUAUGGAGGAGACAGUGGACCAAUUGCAGCGCAACCCGCCAAACGAAGCAUCCCUGAACGCCCUACAUGGAUGCACGAGUACCUCAUCGUCUCCAACUGGACCAGCCAAACUGCCGCGGACCUCUGCAACUCUGCCACAUCCUGGGGCCCCGACUUCAUUGGAUCCGACCAUCAGUUCUGCGACAUGAGCACAAAGACUCUUACUCCGCUUUGUUCACCCGAGACCGUCGGUAGCUCGGGCUGCGUUGAUGUUGACGAGGACGCCGUCAGUGUGGUGAAGCGCACCAGCGUUGCAAGGCGGGCCGCGACGGUUUUGCACAAGUCUUACAAGAAGAUUGAGAAGUGGGGAGUCUAA